GGCUCCAGGGACCUGAACUGUGUCCCCAUGGCCUCUCUCGCGGGGAACCUGAGCGCGUGGUCGAGCCCAGGCUGGCUGCCCAUGGCCGCGCUGAGCAACCUGUCGUCGUCCCCAUCCCCGUUCCCGUCUCUGUCCCCAUCCUGGGCGCCCUCGCCGCGCCCUGGCCCCGCGCACCCUUUCCUGCAGCCGCCCUGGCGCGUGGCGCUCUGGUCGCUGGCCUACGGUGCCGUGGUGGCCGUGGCGGUACUGGGGAACCUCGUGGUGAUUUGGAUCGUGCUGGCACACAAGCGCAUGCGAACGGUCACCAACUCCUUCCUCGUAAACUUGGCCUUCGCCGACGCCGCCAUGGCAGCGCUCAACGCGCUGGUCAACUUCAUCUAUGCGCUGCACGGAGAGUGGUACUUCGGCGCCAACUACUGCCGCUUCCAGAACUUCUUCCCCAUCACCGCCGUGUUCGCCAGCAUCUACUCCAUGACGGCCAUCGCGGUGGACAGGUACAUGGCCAUUAUUGAUCCCCUGAAACCCAGACUGUCUGCCACAGCCACCAGGAUCGUCAUUGGAAGUAUCUGGAUUCUGGCAUUUCUCCUUGCUUUUCCUCAGUGUCUAUAUUCCAAAAUCAAAGUCAUGCCAGGCCGCACCCUGUGCUAUGUGCAGUGGCCAGAAGGUCCAAAGCAACAUUUCACGUACCACAUCAUUGUCAUCAUCCUGGUGUACUGCUUUCCCUUGCUCGUCAUGGGCAUCACCUACACCAUUGUGGGGCUCACGCUGUGGGGAGGGGAGAUCCCAGGAGACACCUGCGACAAGUACCAUGAGCAGCUGAAGGCCAAGAGAAAGGUUGUGAAAAUGAUGAUUAUUGUCGUGGUGACCUUUGCCAUCUGCUGGCUGCCCUAUCAUAUUUACUUCAUCCUCACUGCCAUCUAUCAGCAACUGAACAGGUGGAAAUACAUCCAGCAGGUCUACUUGGCCAGCUUCUGGUUGGCAAUGAGCUCCACCAUGUACAACCCCAUUAUCUACUGCUGUCUCAAUAAAAGAUUUCGUGCUGGCUUCAAAAGGGCCUUCCGCUGGUGCCCCUUCAUUCAUGUCUCCAGCUACGACGAGCUGGAGCUCAAGGUCACCAGGUUCCACCCAACACGACAGAGCAGCCUAUACACAGUGACCAGGAUGGAGUCCAUGAGUGUGGUGUUUGACUCCAGUGAUGGGGACAGCACCCGGUCCAGUCGCAAGAAGAGAGGGACAACCAGAGAUGCAGGCUCCAGCAUCUGCUCCCGCAGGAACUCCAAGUCCACCUCCACCACAGCCAGCUUCGUGAGCACCCCCUACACGUCAGUGGAUGAAGGUUCCUGACUCCUUGCUGGGGUUAGGGGGCUGCAGGUGCCCCUUUUGCUGUCACCCUUUCUGCCUCACCUCUCUGGAAGCAAAAGAACAAUUUUUUGGUGGUUAUGCUUACAUUGAGGCAGACUGCGCAUAAAUAUAGCAAAGAUACC